CAAAGAUGGCGGAAUACAAACGAUGAUUCACAUGCACUUAAGUCCCAAGGUGCACCGCGGAGCCACGUCUUGAAUAAGAAGACUACGUCGAGUACAGGAGGCGCGCCUAAGACCCCCAGCUUGAUGGGAUGAGCGGGCAAGAGACAGUGAGGUGACUCAUAUUAAUGUAUUCUAAGUUCUACACAGUUUCCAAUAACAAGUCUCUAGUUAUGCAGUGUAAGGAGCGUUACUAAGGCAAGUGUUUAGUGUGAGAGCUGUAAAAGACUGCUGUUACUGGGCUGCAGAGCUAGCAAUCUGACCAUAGUUACAAUAUAGCGUUAUAGCAAACAACUGUUUAUUGUAGGUACCAUAUAGGCAGGAUAGUUUGCAACCUUACAUGUACUGAAAGGGUUUGCAGAUCUACCAUAUUUUCAUGGACACAUUGAUAGUUUGAUCAGUAUAUGAAAGCUUCUGCCCUGCAGUAUGUAGCAUUCUAAUGCUACAGGUAGGUAUUUGGAUCAUUAAAAGGGACAGACUUGGGAUGGUCAGGCUGUAACUGCUGUACAAAUAUAGAGACAAUUAAUAUUAAGUUAACAUGGAAGUGCAACUUUUUCCUUGGCAAUGGAGAGCAGAGGGCCAGGCGGUAGGUUCAUUAGGGCACUCAGUUUUGGUCCUUCUACCCCUUUUGAAAUUAAAAUAAAAAGUUCCUUUGACAUAAUUAAGGUAUUGCAGGGCACUUGGUUUUAUGUGCUGCCCAUCUGCUUGAAGAAGUGAUGCAUUCGUCCAUGAAAGUGUGGUGGAUCUGUUAAACCUACAUGCGUAUGAUUGGACACGUUUUAUGUGAAGCAACAUAGGAAUGCAUUCUAAAUGUGGCACAAUCACUUUGGAAACCAAUGGAUUGCUCCUCCUGGAUGCUUCAUGCAGUGGUCCACUCACACACUUCUCAGUUAAAUGAACUCUAUAGGCACACAGACCACUUCAAAUGAGUGAAGUGGUCUUGGCGCCAUGUACCUCUCGAGGCUUCUGUCAUACUGACAGCCAUAGAGGUGUUUCAGAGAGACCAUCUGAUUGGUGCAGAGUGUCGUUUUGCUGCGAUGCACACUUGCCUGCCAAUCCUUUAGUAUUGGAAAUCUUGAUGAUCUCAGCCAAACAGGCAGAGCUUGCUCAAGGAGACCAGCGCUACAAACUAGAAAAGGUAGCUACAAUCAGAUCUAAAUAAUAAUACUGUACAAAAGCGCUAAAAUGUAGGUGGACUAAAAAAUGAGAAAACAAUUCCAAAUCACCUCUAUUCAAAAUAGUCUUACCUUAAGAAUUAAAAUAAUAUAGGGUGUAAUAAGGCACCUUCACACCUUUGUGUUGGAUCCUCACACCAAACACAUGCAAAAAAAAUAAAUAUACCUACAGUAGCAGAGCACCAAAUGUAUACCUUUGUUCAUCACAAAUGUUCCGAACAAAAAUCUCGUGAUCACAUGUAAUAAAUAAAUAGAAAGCAUACAUAUGGUGGGACCACAUCUACACAUUCCACCGUAGGCAUUAUCAGGACAAUGAUUCUGCCAUCUUUGUUCUAGGUAUUUAACUGUAAUUAGAAACUCCCUUAGAGAGUUCUAAUUGGUUGGACUGUUAAACCUAAUUUGCAUGCUUUGGGCAAUUAAGUCCAGAGCAAUCUUUUUAAAUACACCAAUAGUUCAUCCGUCCAUUAAAUAUUCAGGCAAUCAAACAAUAUAUUAACAAAAAAUACCUGAUACAGUCAUAUAUUCCAGUGGAUUAAAUAAUGGAAAAAGGCACAUACCAUUAUACCAUUAUAAUUAUACAUAAUAAAUAUGGGGGGGGAAAGGGAGAGAAAUAUUUGGUGGUUAAUUCAAAUAAUUUGGUGGAAUAAAACACACAGAGUCAUUAUUCAUAUAAAAACAUAUAUGUACACUAUGUGUGUAACCAAAUAAAAUCUCAUUUUUAACUCUGGCUAGUGCCCAGUAGCCUAAAUGGUGAUUAGGACACUACAGCAUUAGGAAUACACAUUAGUAUUCCUAAUGCUGUAGUAUUUCUUUAACUUGCCAAAGAGGACAACAUCUUGUAAUGUAAGUGGAGUGCUUGUCCAUCUAACAGUUUCACAAUAUGAGUGUUGUCAUUAAUUAUGUAGUUUUAAUGAUCUAUAAUAAUAUAAUGUAUGCUGACACAUUAUAUUAACAAUGAUUGAUGUAUGCUUUGUAUUUAUGUCUCACAGUUGCCGCACGACCUGGGAUUCCAGGAAAAUCUCCCACACUGCACCGAUUCUGAGGAUUGAUAGAACAUUGACGUAACCAUAACAAUGGGCUUCAAGUACUGUGCAAUCCUGUGGAAGACUCUGCUCACUGUAGGAUUAGUAGUCUUCUACUAUUGCUUCUCCAUCGGAAUCACUUUCUACAACAAAUGGCUUCUCAAGGUGUGGACUGUGGAUUGGUUAUUGAAAAUUCUGGAUUAUAAAGAGACCAUGUGCUUUAAUGUAGCUCUGUCAUCAGAGAUAGUCUUGACAUCAACAUAUAGCAUUUUAACACCUUAAGGAUACAUGUCAUGAUUCCCUUUUAUUCCAGAACUUUGGUCCUUAAGGGGUUAAAGAUGCAUUGUAUUGACUUUUUUUUUUUUAAAUCCUUUUUGAUUUUAUAUUGUGUUUUGCAAAUUGCAGAUUUUGAUUGGCUGCUGUUAUCACAUGUUAUCUGCACUUAAAAAAACAUAAAAAAAAAUAAAAUAAUAUAUAUAUAUAUUAUUUUUUUUUUUUUAGCAGUUUUUGCCACUGAGGUUUGACAGUUGUGUCUCAAUUUUAAAAUGUUUAUCUCCACAGUGAUGAUCUUGACAUUUUAAUUGGUAAUUCUGACUAAAUGGUUAGGUGAAAAUAAUAUAAAUCUAUUUUCAAUAUUGUUUUAAACUGGUUUAAUAAAAUGCAUUGACAGCACCACUAUAAGUGCUUGAAAAUACUUUUCGCAUUUGCAAAAUAUGCAGAUGUGUGUUUUUGUUUCUUCUCUGAAGACUAAGGAGUUUAGUUUCCUAUAUUUUAUUUUUAUAUUAUUAUAAGAGCCAUAAAGCAGGCAUUUGUUACAGCCAUCCAGGUGGGAAAUGUAGGAUAUAUAAAGUAAGUUAAAUAUAUGUACAAGUCUGGUGUGCUAAUUAGUAUAGCAUUGUGACCUUUAACCAUGGAACUCUGUAUGUUACCUCAGUCUAGGAAACUCUGCUCUUGUUUCUUCUCCUACCUCUCCCAGUGUUCUUCUAUGGUCUCCUUUUCUGCUUCUUCCUGCCCUCUGCAACCCCUCUCUGUUAGUGUUCCUAAAGGUUUUGUCCUCUGUCUCCUUCUGUUCUCAUCCUACACUGCCUCCCUAAUCAAACAAUCUGUUAAUUUGGCUUUCAUUGACACAAAUCUUUCUUCUCUCGAUCUUUCUUUGUUCCUCUUGAAUCGUCUCCAGUUGCGUUCCUGCUAUUUCCAACUACAUGGCAGCUCACUUCCUUAUCUAUACAAAACAGAAUUUCUUAUCUUACUACUCUUGUAUUUAUCUCUAACCAAGUCAAAGUUCUACCUCACUGUCUCGCUGUCUUUGUCUUCUCUUCAACUCCAACCUCUCCUUCACCCGUCACAUCCAGUCAUUUGCCAAAUCUUGUUGCUUCUAUCUCAAAAAUAUAGCUUGCGUCCACCCCUAUCUAAUUCCAGAUGUAGCUAAGGUGCUCGACCAUGCCACAGCCAAUGCUAUCGUCUACUUCAACUUCCUGUCCUACAGGUUCUUCUAUAUACCCCCACCCCAUUGCUGGUCCAGGCAUUGGCUUCCCGUAACACAUAGGGAUACAUUUUUAUUUGUUUUUUAUUACGGUCCUCCCAAAUCUCUUCAUAACACUGCUCCUGUCUACCGGUCCUCACAAGCACGUGAGUAUGUCCCAUCCAGUUCCCUAUGCUCUGCUGAAGACCUACAUCUAUCCUCUGUUAGUACUCACACCUCUGACUGUCAUUCAAGACUUCUCUAGGACUGCACAGUUGUUAUAGGACUCCCUUCCCUAUAACAGACUCCCACCCAGCCUCCAGUCAUUCAAAAAAAUAAAUCAUUUAAACUCACUUCUUCAAGAUUACAUAUCUGUUAAACUGUUAACAUCUAUCCACCUUGCUUCCUUUCCUUCAACUACGUAAUCUAAAAAUCAAACAAACUCUUGUAAAAAAACAAACAAAAUGUUUUUUCCCAUGUACAUUACCCUAUCUCUUGUGUCAUUUUUACCCUUUCUCUUGUGUCAUUUUAUACCACUUCCGUUCCUGUACGUCCAACUGGACUUGUAACUGCUUGUUUGUUGGCCACCUAUUAAACAGUGCUCCAGAAUUGUUGGUGCUUUUAUAAAUAAUAUGUUAUGUUUGUAAACAAUAUAUCCUAUAAUGCCCAGGCAGACCUUAAGCGGGUUCUCAAACAUUUGAGUUGCCUAGCUUAGCAAUUGCUGGUCUAGGAGCACAAGUAACCUAGUUGAUUGAUUGUUUUUUCUGCGUGGGUCUGCUUGACUCUCCAGGCUUUGGAAUCUUUCCCCGAAUGCUGUGCAAGUGGAGCAGGUCACAGAACAUGGAUACUAUUUGUGAGAGUUUAACUGUCCUUUAACGGACAUGAGGCUGGUUUGUGUUCACUCUUACACCUUUGUGUUGGCUUCAGGGGUUUCAUUUUCCUCUGUUCAUGACGAUGGUGCAUCUUCUGAUGAUUUUCGUCCUCUCUGCAAUAUCCAGGGAGAUUGUGAAGUGCUAUAGCGGUCGCACAAGAGUUACCUUGUCUUGGACAAACUACCUCAAAAAAGUGGCUCCCACAGGUAACUGGCUAGUUUUUAGAUUUAUUUGAAUUUUUUUUUUUGUUUCCUUUAAAUACCAUCUUUUUGUGUUUUGUUUUCUUUUGUUUUCUUUUUUUUGUGUUUCUCUAAAAACAGAAGUGGUCAUGGUGGUUAAAGUAACCCUUUAAUGAUCUUAUCCCUGAUUCAUAAUUAUACGUAAAAUAAGACGCUAAGCGACAUACCACAACCACUACAGUGCACUACUAGAAGUUUUUAAAACGGGCUUCAUGAACAAAGAUGACUUUAAAUAAUUACAAUAAUAGUCAUUUUGCUAUAUUACAUCAUUACUUGGGUUUAUUACGGAACACUCCAUGCACCAUUUCUGCUACAGAGCUCUGUUGUUAUUACGGUGCUCUGAUCACACACCCCCUCCCUCAUUUAUGUACUCAAGUAGGUUUCGAAUAGUUUGACGUUUGGCAGACUCAGAGUUAAUUGGGUGGGUUUUUUGUUCUUUUUUUGCAUUUUGUGCUAAUCUGGGGAGGGGGUGUCCAGUCUUUGUGUUAUAUUGAUUUGUUACUAGCUCAGUAUGCUGUUUAGUUAUAUCCUGUCUGCUAUAUUUAUAUUGUUUGACUUUCUGCAUGAAAAGCAUUUAUUUUUUCCCAAUGCAUUAAUAUCCCUCCAUGUACUGUUUUUCUUGCAGCUGUCGCCACGGCUUUGGACAUUGGACUUUCCAACUGGAGUUUCUUGUAUAUCACGGUGUCCCUGUGAGUAGGAGAAGUGGAGUAGUAGGCAUUUAACUAAAGCUCACAUUCCAUAAGAAUGAAAUGGAGAUCAAAUGGAUCACUAACGAUCAUAGGAACUUAAAACACUUACUUUAAUUUUUUUAUUUUUUUUUUAAAUUUAGGUACACUAUGACAAAGUCGUCAGCUGUCCUCUUCAUCCUGUUCUUCUCUUUGGUGUUUAAGUUGGAGGAACCGGUGAGUUACCAGAAGAAGAGCGGAAAGGUUGUACAUUAAAGGGACACUACAUGCUAGCAUUUUAUCUUUAUUUUUUUUUUUAAGAUUACAUGUGAAAGAAGUUCUUAGAUUGGGUCUUCAUCACUAUUUUAAAUUUAUGUUAGGGGGGAGCAAAUGGGACCAUUCUAACCAUGUUUAUGAUAACUGGUAAGAUAUUUUACCAUGUACUUUAAAAUGCAUUUCAUUAGUCCAGAUAACUGGACUUUUUCUUCCACCAAAACAACAAAGGCAAGGUUUACAUUUUAGACACGCCAUUGGGAGAAGAAAACGCACAUGAUUUGUAAUUAACACCAAGCUGUAGUGAAAUAAAAACCAAGUUGCACCUGAUUGAACGUCACAUGCUUAUACCAACAUAAUAUUUACCAUGUCUUGCAUCUUUACGGCGUCUGUUUGGUUUGCCUAUACCAUGCAUCUAGACAUGUUUACCUAGCUUGUUUUUUCUUUAUGUAAUAUAUAUAUUUAUUUUUUUGAUGAAACUGCUUUACCUAGAAGUUAAUUUUAAAGUGCUUAUGACAAUUUUGGUAUUCCCAGCAUGUAUGCAUCUGCUAUAGUCCAAGUUCCCCUUACACCAUAUUAGUCUGAUUUCAUAUCAUCUUCAUUGAAUAGCCAUAGGAGGCAGGUGUUAAAGCUCAUUAAAGUGUUUUAUCAGUCCAAAUAGAAUCAAACUUGAUCUAAGCUAGUUUGUGUUAAUUAUAUUGUGAAUUGUACUGAAUGUAACCAUAUUAUGGUUUCUGUUUUAAUGUGUGUUAUGCAGACAGCAGGACUCAUCCUUGUAGUUUUACUUAUUUCGGGAGGACUCUUUAUGUUUACAUUCAAGUCCACGCAAUUUAACAGUGAGGGAUUCAUCCUGGUUCUGGCUGCUUCCUGCCUAGGGGGAGUUAGGUGGACCCUCACCCAGAUACUCAUGCAAAAGGCAGAACUAGGUAGGUAAUUUAGUGAAUAAGACCUGUCAUGUGCAAAGCAAAUGUGUGGAAUAGGUGUGUAUGUAAAGAAAAUGUGCUGGAACGUUUCCAGGAAUCUUUUAAUAUAUAGUGUAUCUAAUUUAAAUGCAACAUGUAUUGCUAAAUUCUGUUUGUGUUGGUACAUGACACAAUGCUGUUUGGCAUGUAUGAACUACAGACAUCUCAUCUGUCUUUGUUGUAGAACCGUAGAUAAAUCCAAAUGAUCAGCUGUGACUAAUCUGCUGGCACUGAAGUCCCAGACCUUGUUAUUUUCUAUCCUCAGACAUUGGGGGGUACGGGGGGAGGGUGUUACGUUUAAGAAAGUGCUUUUAUUAAAAUCAACAUUUUUAAAAAUAUAUAUUUUUUUUAGCAUACUUUGCCUAACUACUUUAUUAUCCAUGUAGAUUCUACCCACUGACAAGCAUUCAGGAAAUGCUGUGUGCACGUGUCACUCUAUAAAUCUUCUUUUAUCCAUCUCCCAGGCUUGGCCAACCCCAUCGAUACCAUGUACCACUUACAGCCUCUCAUGUUCCUUAGCCUCUUCCCACUGUUCCUUGGCAUUGAAGGUGAGAACCCUCGCAAAAUUGCUUAAGAUUGCAUUGUCUAUAAUAUUAGAUUGCCACACAUAGGCUUGUUGCUGUCUUGUUUUUGCUUGUUUGUGACAGUUGAAUGAGUGCUUGAAUUAUGACUGGGUAUAGAAGGUCAAUGACACUUUUUUUAUUUUAUUUUAUAAGACACACUUGCAAAUUUUAACUAGACAUUUAGAAGAAAAAGUGAAAAUAAACUUUUUUUUUUUUUUGACACCCCACUUAUGUCACUUGCAAGCCUGUUAUCCUCACCCUUGGUGGCUCUGCCCCCUGUGUUGUUGCGUGGCUUUGUGAACCAUUGCAGAGGACCUCCCAGAGAGCAUCUCCCUAUCAUAGUGGGUAGAGCAAUGGUUCCCAAACCAGCCCUCGUGGCUCAGCAGCAAUUCUGAGUUAAUGUAUUUCCUUUUUCUCUUCCAGUGGAGGGACUGACAAAACCUGGACUUUUGCUUGGCCAUAAGGACUGGUUUAGGAACCACUGGGGUAAAGGAUAAACACAAUCCUCUACCGUGGUACACAAUGUCACAAUACAUAUAUUAACUGGUGGAAGGAGAGAGCUCUGUGCAUCCCGUUCCCGCCAGGUCAAAUAGACAUUACACUGGGUGACCUUCAGAAUGUAGGACAUUGGCAGUUUUGUUUUUUAUUAACCCCACAUUUUAGGUUAAAAAAAACCAAACUGCAUCCUAUAUUGAAAAACAUAUGGUAAUUUAUCUGUUCUUUGCAAUGCCUUAAUAGCUUUUUUUUUUUUAAACAUGUCUCCUGCAGGUCUGCAUGUGUCCACAUCUGAUCAGCUGUUUCGUUAUCAUGAUAUUCAUGCACUGCUGCUUCUCCUAAGUGCUCUUUGUGCCGGGGGAUUGCUAGCAUUUGGUCUGGGAUAUUCAGAGUUCCUUUUGGUGUCCAAAACAUCAAGUCUCACCCUCUCUAUUGCAGGCAUAUUCAAGGUGAUUCACCUUGUUGUGUUUUUGAAUUGUAUGUCAAGUGACCUUAUUUUUUAUCUAUAUCAAUAAUCAUUUGAUCUGUAUAGUGUUUCUCUAUGCAUGCAGGGUGCUUUAUGGGAUAAUGUGGAAUAUGGAAACUUGGUUAACAAAGUAAAAACAAGAGACCACCAAAUUGAUCAUUCUAGAACUCAGAGAGAAAUAACGAGAAACACUUUUUUUAGACUGCGUGAACACAGAAAACUGCUUCAGGCUAACAAAAAGGGUCAUGGAAAUGGGCCAAUCGUUGUACUGCAAAAUAUAUAUAUAAUAUAUAUUUGUGUGUGUGUGUAUGUGUAUGUAUGUACAGUUAUGGGGAAAAAGUACACCAAAGUCAAGUGAAUCAUUUGCUAAGCAGUAGGAGAAAAAAAAAAAAAGUUUUUUUUUUAUAUAGACAGAAAAUGUGUGUUCUAUAUGGGUAUAUGUAUGUUAAUCCACAUACACAUGUACACUCUGAGAAAUGUGAAUAUGAUAAAAUGUCUGUAAACAGAUUUCCAGGGAUAGGAGCAGUAUAAUUUAACGUGACCUAGAUUUUAUGAUAAUGAAUCCUAUUUGUUUGUUGCCAUUUCUCUAUGUGUAGGAGCUCUGCAUUUUGCUUUUGGCAACACAUUUACUGGGUGAUGAGAUGAGCCUCUUGAAUUGGUUGGGAUUUGCAGUCUGUAUCUCAGGAAUUGCUCUUCACGUUGCUCUGAAGACCAUCCACGGCAAAGGUAAUCUACAUGCUAGCAGAUUUAAAUACACCAUGAAAGAGAGUAUAGCGCUUCUUUUUUUCGGAAAGGGAUUUUGCAAUGCCAUUUAAAAAAAUAAAUAAAUAAAUAAAUCACUAAGAGGGACACUUUAUGCACCAUAACGUUUACAGCUUAUUGGCAUGAUUAUGAUUCACACGAUCUUUGUGUGAUGUCUGAUUUUCCUCUCUAGUCGGUCCUCUCACCUCACCAAUCUGUCAGUCCUUACAUUGGCUCCCUGUAUCCUAUGGGAGUAAAUUCAAAGUGCUAACCCAUACAUAUAAAGCACUGAACAAUUCUAGCCCCUCUUAGAUCUCUUCACAGAUCCGUAGGUAUGCCCCUUCUCGGUCCCUCUGCUCUGCCCGUGACCUUCUCCUGUCCACUGCUCGCACCUAUACAGCCAACUUGCAUUUGCAGGACUUCUCGCGGGUGGCUCCCUUCCUAUGGAAUAGCCUGCAGACUCUCCCCUAGUCUUUAAUCGUUUAAGAAGUACCUUAAAACCCAUCUCUUUAGGAAAUCUUAUGGCCUCCCAGAGUAACCUCUACCUGUCUCUUGCUCUCUCCUAAAGGGCAGCACUCUACUCUCUCCUCCAGCUCUGCUUCACUCCCACCUUAUGUGAUUGCCAUUUCCUGUCCUAAUGUGUCUUAUACCCCACCACCUAUAGACUGUAAGCUCGUUUGAGCAGGGUCCUCUUCAACAUAUCGUGCCUGUAAGUUUUCUUGAAAUUGUCCUAUUUAUAGUUAAAUCCCCCCUCUCAUAAUAUUGUAAAGUGCUAUGGAAUCUGUUGGUGCUAUAUAAAUGGAGAUACUAAUAAUGUCUGCCUUCCCUUUUUCAAACACUUCAAUAGAAACUAGGCAACAAAUGCCCAGCUCUUUGUCUGCACUUUAGAGAAUAUGAAACUUUGAGUCCCAGAUUAUCUACAAACCUGUUCAAACUGGGGGAGCAAUGAUGGGCUAAACCAAGCUUUGGACAAAUAACUUUUUUUUUUUCAUGCACACGUUUUGAUGAGGGGGUGAUAGAAACACCCCAAAGUAUCUUUGAACCAUAGCCAUUUCAAUAAACUAUAGUUAUGUUGCGGAGUGUUAAUUUUUUUUAAAAUCUAUUUUACAGCAGAGUAAUACAUAAACAGUGAUUUGAUAUUCCCUCUGUUCUUGUUUCUCUUGCCUCCACAGGAGCAGAUACUCAUAAAUGGCACAGAACAGAGCUAAGUGCAGAUAUGGAACUGUUGUUGAUGGGACGAGAGGAUGAAGAAGACGAGGAUUCCUAAUAGCUGAACUAGAUGGGAACGAACGUUUGUAAUAAGAAGCAAUCACCCACUUACUGUGAGGCAAAAGACAGAUUCAGAGAGCUGGACUCUCUCUGGUCUCCCAAGUCCAAAGGGUUUAUAGAACACGUGGAGAAGAUGCCAAUUCCUUCUACAAGUUACCUUAUGCUGUACAGUCAGGGGAAGUAUUUGCAUCACCAGAAGUGCAUGAUACAGAUAGCCGACAUGAGACAGUCUUAAGCUGACGUUAUCCUGUAUCAUUUUCCUGGAAGCUAGUUGCAAAUAUGUAUUUUAGUUAUAAUACAUUCCUGAUGUUGAUACUAUGGCAGUUCUGGAACUGUCUGUCAUUUUUAGAAGUGGAAGGAGAUUCAAAUAAAUGGUACAAUAAAAUUAUUUAGGCCUAUUUCAGAACUACAGAAAUUUAUAUAAUUUUUUGUUUUAGAUGUCUACUUGAGUAAUGAUUUUUUAUUUUUUUUGUGCACCUAUAUUAGAACUUGUCACCCAUUUCCCCAUGAGGAAUCUGUGCCUAAACCAUAACAAUCCAAUUAGGAGCACCAAACGCAGAACAUCUCAUCUGAUUUUUAAAUUUAUACAUAAACUCCAUAUGACCUGUUCACAUCUAUUUUUUUUAAAAUCUUUUAUUAUCCUAAAUGGAACAUGGAGCCGCUAUUACUAAUGAUCACUUGUUCAGGUGGUGGAGGGUAUUUAUUGCAGAAAAAUAUAUUUAUGAAAAAUCAAAUAAUCAAAAAACAUUAUUAUUUGUGGUGACAAGGGAUUGAAAAUACUUUGAAUUACACUUAAAGGAUCACUAUAGGCACCCAGACCACUUCAGUUUAAUGAAGUGGUCUGGAUGCCAGGUCCAUCUAGGAUUAACCCUGCCUGCUGUAAACAUCGCAGUUUCAGAGAAAUUGCUAUGUUUACACAUGGCUUAAUCCAGCUUCUAGUAGCUGUCUCAUUGACAGCUGCUAGAGGCGCUUCUCACUGUGAUUUUUCACAGUGAAAGGAUGCCAGCGUACAUAGGAAAGCAUUGAAACUGCUUUCCUAUGGACUGACUGAAUGCGCAUUUGGCUGAUGACGUCCAAAGGAGGAGGAGAGUUCCCAACGCCGAGGGAGUCUGGCGCUGGAGAAAGGUAAGAUUAUAAUCCCUUCCUACCCCUUCAGCCCGGCAGGAGGGGGGCCCUGAGGGUGGAGGGGACCUAUUAAUACUAUAGUGCCAGGAAACCGAGUUUGUUUUCCUGGCACUAUAGUGGUCCUUAAACUUACAAAUGAAGUAAAAGAAACAGAAUGAUUGCAUAUUUCUUGUGUACAUUAAACAAGGAAUAUGCAUUUAAAAAAAAAAAACAAAAAACAAUCAAAAUAUUUGAACCAUUUACAUAACACUCUAGAAAUGCUUGAAAGGUUAGAAAACUAAAAAAUCCACAAUCAAUUUAAAGAGGCAUAUUGGAAAAAGAAAAGGAAAUGAACACAGAAAUAAAAGGAAGAUGAGCAAAAUAAUAAAUACACCUAAGGUUCAAGAGUUCAGAAAGGCAUGAUGCUUGUAAAUGUUGCCCCCUGUACCUGCUUCAGUGUUUAUAGCACAGGGAGUGGAAUGCAUUGACA